AUGCCAUCACAACGAAAAGUGGCUGCAACUCAUGCUAUUGAAAUUGAUUUGGCACAUGAAUCGGGAUUAAGACUAAAGCAAUCUUAUGAGCUUCUUAGUAAGCAAGUUGGUGGAUAUGAAAAUCUUGGUUUUACCAAGCAAGAUCAUAAAAACUACUUACGUAGUAAGCGACAGAGAGACACGGAGCAUGGGGCAGCUGCUAGCUUGGGAAGAUAUUUCAGCCGUCAACUUAAGGAAAAUCCUUCAUAUUAUUUUGCUACUCAAUUGGACUGUGAAGAGUUGAUUACUAAUAUCUUUUGGGCCAAUGCAAGAAUGAUCAUUGACUAUAGCCACUUCGGUGAUGUAAUAACAUUUGAUACAACGUAUAGCACAAAUAGAGAUGCAAGGCCACUUGGAGUAUUUUUGGGUCUCAAUCACCAUAGAGAAACUGUUGUAUUUGGAGAUGCACUUUUAUAUGAUGAAACGAUUGAAUCUUUUGUAUGGUUAUUUGAGACCUUCUUAGAAGCAAUGUCUGAAAAGAAGCCAAUCACUAUUUUCGUAGAUCAAGAUGCAGCAAUGUCAGCUGCAAUAAAAGUAGUCAUGCCUGAGACAUAUCAUGUAUUGUGUAGUUGGCAUAUGUGGCAGAAUGCUGAGAAACACUUGGGUCAUUUACUAAAAACUGAGCCUCAAUUUAAUGCUGAUUUCUUAGCAUGUAUCUAUGAGUAUGACGGUGAAGAUGAGUUUCUUACAGCUUGGAAUGAAAUGCUAGAUAAGUACGAUGUUCGUGAAAAUAAAUGGCUAAUUGAUCUAUUUAAAUUGAAGGAAAAAUGGGCCCAAGCAUAUGUUAAGAGAACUUUCACUGCAGGAAUGAAGACAACCUCACUUAGUGAGAGUUUCAAUGCUGACAUGAAGGAUUGCUUGCAUACUGAUCUCAAUAUAGUAGAGUUUUUCACUCAUUUUGAAACAAUUGUCAAUCAAAAGCGGGAUAAGGAGUUAGAAGCAGAAUACAACUCUAGACAGAAAUUUCCAAGAUUAAAGCUCAAAAGCUCUCCUAUGCUUAACCAAGUAGGACCAGUGUACACGCCUAAGUUGUUUGAUUUAUUUCAGACAGAAGUUGAAGAGGUAAUGGCACUUUCCAUCCUAGAAUGCAAUGUGAGUCAAACACAUAGUUAUGUGGUUGGAGUUUUCAAUCAAAAUGGAAAAUAUGAGGUCAUGUGGAAUCCAUUAGAUGAGACUCUAUCUUGUAGUUACAGAAAGUUUGAGUCAUUUGGUAUUUUAUGUAGGCAUGGUUUGAAAGUUCUUGAUGUAUUGGAUAUCAAGUUGAUUCCUAAUAGAUAUAUCAUGAAGAGGUGGAGAAGAGAUGCAAAAGAUGGAAGCGGAAAAAAUUGCACGACACAUAACAUUAACCCGGAUACUCGACUGGAAUAUGUAGAUCGGAAUUGCAAAGCUAAUGUAGAAGAAGACAUCAUUAGGCCUUCCACCGAUUUUGCAAACAAAGAAGAUCAAUUAUGUGCUUCGAUUACGAUUGUACCAAAAGGGAUAAAGAAAAGAGAGGUUUAUCGUAAUAAAAAGCGUAGGACGAAAUCAUGGAUAGAAAAGAUGAGGAAACCAAAGGAAGGCACAUCAAAGAAGCAAACAAAGAAAAGAAAAGUGCAGGAGGAAAUAUAUGCAUAUGACGUCAUGGCUCAAAAGAAAACUGAGGAUGUAUCUUCUGGAAAUAUUACUAGUUUUACACAACUUUUAAUGUCGGCUUCUACAAGUUCUGCAGUACAUCAAGGAGGCUCAUCAGCAAGUGUUGCAUUAGCAUCACAUUUAGAGAGUACAUCAAGUGUUGUAGGCUUCAACAACAAAAUUAAUGGUGCUAGAGGUCUCUUGACUCAAGGAAGUGUUGCAAGUGGAGGUCUCUAG